GAGGCGGCGCCUGCUCCCGGUGACAUCAGCCCCGGGGACCGGGAUGCUGAGCCCGGCUCGGGGAAGGCGGAUCCCGCUCCGCUUCCAUCCCCGCAUCCCGACAGGGCGGAGGGGGGAGCGGGGCGCAUCCCCCGCUCCUGUCCCCCCCAGCAGGGGGAUGCUGCGGUAGCAGCCGCCCAUGCUCGCCCUGCUCCUGUCGCUGCACACGCUGGGCCGGUCCCUGGCCAUGGCGAGCGCGGAGCGGCUGGCCGUGCCCGAGUGUGUGAGCCGGGCGGGCGGCUGGGCGGGCGGGGGCAGCGCCCGGGAGCACGGCGGGGUCUCCCCCGGGGUGGGCACCGAGGUGCGGGAGGCGCUGGAGCGGGUCCUGCCCGUGCUCCGCCGGGCCAUCGCCAGCGCCACGCGGGCGAGCGGCCCCGAGGGGCUGCGGGCGGCUCUGUCCGAGGUGUUCCGCCUGGUGGAGGAGGCCUGGGGGAUGCCCGCCGUGGGGAGGGACGUGGCCAAGGUGCUGUGCGAUGUGAUCCGCCUGGAGGGGGGCCUGGACCUGCUGCUCAACCUGCUCUACACCGCCGAGCUGGAGACCAAGUGCCAGGCUGGAAAACUCCUGGAGCAGAUCCUGGUGGCGGAGAACAGGGACCGCAUCGCUCGGAUUGGCCUGGGCGUGAUCCUGAACUUAGCCAAGGAGCGGGACGUCCCCCAGCUGGCUCAGAGCAUCUCUGGCAUCCUGGAGCACAUGUUCAAACACUCGGAGGAGACCUGCUUCCAGCUCAUCUCCGACGGAGGCCUGGACACCAUCCUGUACUGGUGCCGCUGGACCGACCCCGCCGUGCUGCGCCACUGCGCCAUGGCCUUGGCCAACUGCGCCAUGUACGGGGGCCAGGCCAACCAGCGCCUCAUGAUCGAGAAGAAGGCAGCAGAGUGGCUUUUCCCGCUGGCCUUCUCCAAGGACGACGAGCUGAUCCGGCUGCACGCCUGCCUGGCCAUCACGGUGCUGGCCACCAACAAGGAGAUCGAGAAGGAGGUGGAGCGCUCGGGGACGCUGGCUCUGGUGGAGCCCUUCAUCGCCUCGCUGGACCCCGAGCAGUUCGCCCGGGAGAUGCUGGGCAGCAGUGACAACAUCCAGGGCAGGACAGCGCAGGACCUGCAGCGCCUCGUGCCCCUGCUGGACAGCUCCCGCCUGGAAGCCCAGUGCAUCGCCGCCUUCUACCUCUGCACCGAGGCUGCCAUCAAAGCCAGGCAGAAGAAAACACAGAUUUUCAGUGAGAUCGGGGCUACGCAGAGCCUCAAGAGGAUUGUGUGCUACUCCACCAGCAGCACCACCUCUGCCCUGGCCAAAAAGGUGCUGCGCAUGAUAGGGGAGGAGGUUCCUCGGCGCAUCCUGCCCACGGUUCCCAACUGGAAAUCCUGCGAGGUGCAGACGUGGCUGCAGCAGAUCGGAUUCAACAAAUACUGCCAGAGAUUCCUGGAUCACCAGGUGGAUGGGGACAUUCUCCUGAGGCUGACAGAGGAGGAGCUGCAGAGGGAUUUGGGGAUGGACUCCAGCAUCACUCGGAAAAGGUUUUUCCGGGAGCUGACAGAGCUCAAGACUUUCGCCAACUACUCCACCUGCGACCGCAGCAACCUGGCAGACUGGCUGGGGGGCAUCGACCCCAAAUUCCGGCAGUACACCUACAACCUGCUCACCUGCGGCAUCGACCGCAACUUCCUGCACCGGGUGACGGAGCAGCAGCUGCAGGAGGAUUGUCACAUCCACACCGGCUUCCACCGCGUCCGCAUCCUCACCGCGGCCAGGGAAACGCUUCACUCCCCCAUCACGCUGCAAACCACGUCCAACGGGACCGAUGUGUUCAUCAGCUACCGGAGGAGCACCGGCUCGCAGCUGGCCAGCCUGCUGAAGGUGCACCUGCAGCUCCACGGCUUCAGCGUGUUCAUCGAUGUGGAGAAGCUGGAGGCAGGGAAGUUUGAAGAUAAGCUGAUCCAGAGCGUGCUGAGUGCCCGGAAUUUUGUGCUGGUCCUCUCACCAAACGCACUGGAUAAAUGCAUGGAGGACCCCGAGUGCAAGGACUGGGUACACAAGGAGAUUGUGACAGCCCUGAACUCUGGAAAGAACAUUGUACCUGUUACAGACCAUUUUGAGUGGCCAGACCCAGAAACACUUCCAAAGGACAUGAGGGCUGUCCUGAAAUUUAAUGGCAUCAUGUGGUCCCACGAGUACCAGGAGGCCACGAUUGACAAAAUCAUCCGGUUUCUGCAGGGCCGCUCCUCCCGGGACUCCUCGGCCGGCUCGGAGAACGGGCUGGACUGUCUGCACUCCCUGGGGCAGAGCUAGACCCAGCACAGCAGCCUCAGAGACUCCCAGCUGACCCCUGUUUUGUGUGGGUCCUAAUUUACCCCUCCUGACUUUUCCCCCUUCUUUCAGAGAAAAGCUGUGGCUCCUAGUCCCUCCUCACCCUCCAAAUGCAAACCCCUGGCCCCCAAAGGCCAGCACUCACUGGGGAGCCAAGCCAGGCUGGACUCUGGGAUGGAUUCUGUGUCUUCCACAUCCUCCUGUGGGUUGGCAGGACGUGCAUGGGGUGUGAGGGAGACUGGAGCCAUCCAGACCCCCACAGGCAGCUGCAGCUUCCCCCAGAAACACGUCCAAAGAGGAAGAAUCUUUGGAGAACUGAAAACUGGAAAAGUGUUGAGAAUCCACUGUAAGAGGACACAAGGGAGAGAAGAGCAAUUAAGAGGAAUGUGUGGCUCUGCCGUGUGCCCCAGGAACAUCCUUGUGGUCAGAAACUGAGAGCAGGAAAGGGCAAAUAAAAACUAAGCCCUAACAAAAUCUUUGUGUUUGGGAAAGAUAACCCACAGGGCCCUUCUGAAGUGCUUUAUCUUUCCCAGCAAUGUCCCUUUAUCACAAGAGCUCCUUCCCUCCUCAAAAGACUUCCACCUCCCAGUGCUGCAAAACCACUGUGUGCUCUUAACUCUGGCAGUGGACAUUUGGGGUUAGACCCUGUGAAGUUUCUGCUGGAUCUCUGCAAAAAGUGCUUUAAAAAUAGUCUCCUUCCUUCCAUCUGAAGUCUCAGCUUCACCACUUUAUCAGGUCUGUAUUUUCAGGGCACUGGAGGCAGGAAAACUUCUGUCCAUGCAGGGAUGAUGCUACUUGCUGUGCCUGUGGAGUUAUUCUACACUGUGGCUGUAUUUUAUCUGCUCCACAGCAGGUCUCCCAUGGUCUGUGCCUUCAGCAGGAGCUGGUGAAUCUCUCUGCUGACCACCACACCCCCCAGCCCUGGCUGAGCUCCUUGGGGCUGUCCCUACUCCCUGCUGGAUGCAAUUCCUGCUGGAUUCACUUGUUUCUUCCUGUUGACCUCCUCUCAACACCCACCGGGGCUUUUUGCAGCUCCUCACCUUAAAAUAUCAAGAAAAAGUGGAGAAAAAGGGCUGGCAAAGGGUGCUCCAGCUGGGAGCAGGACCAUCAACUCUGCUGGUGAGGAACCAUGGACAUCCUGACACAAAUCCCUGCAUUCCCCAUUCCAGGCUGCUGAAUUAUCUUGCAAAAGCAGCAGGCUCCUCUUCCUGCUUGAGAAGAACUGAACCCUUUCAGGAGGUAACAAGGAGUGUCAGCCACCUUGUCCCCCUUCUGGCUCUCCCUGGAGUCCUGCUUUAACUGUCAGGAACACAAACACUUUUUUUCCUUUUAGCUUGGAUCCAUGAACAUUUCAGGAAAAAAAAAAAAAGAAGUUCAUUCUAGUGUUUUAUGGAUAGUUCUUAUCAGCUCACAGUUAAUGGCAUCUUUGCUCUCCAGUGAAAGGUUAAUAGCCAUAUCUGCCCAGCAUUUAUCAGAAUUAGAUUCCACCUCAUCUCCAGAUUAAAGAAUAAGAAGCCAGCAGAUGAGCCCAAAGGUGAAUCUGCCAAAGUAUAAAAACCUCUUGUGAGCUGCUUCAGGGAAAAGCCUUCAGGAACUGAUGUCAAGCCCUCCAUGGCCUCUGAAGGAGUCCCACACAAACAGUCCUAAGGACUUUUCUCCCUUCAAUAAUACCUGGUAAGAUGAUUGUGUCUUGUUUCCCAGGAACUCUGUAGCCUCCCCACCCAGCACUCAGUGUGGAGAUUUAUUUGUUCUCCACAGCUCAGGUGUCUCACCUGAAACGAGAUCCCAUCUCCUGCUCCAGCUGCCCAGACUGUGACUCCUCCUGUUUCCCCAUCAUUAUCUUCACCUAAAUGAACUUGCCCUACUUCUGGCAAAACAUCCCAUACCCAGUCCCUUCCAGCUGGAGCAAUCCCAAGGAAAUUAAUUCCUCUGUCCUCACCCUCCCUCAUUCCUCUGCUCUGCCAUGUCAAAAGUGUUUGGAAUUAUUCAAUCAGGCAUUAUUAAUAAACCUGGUUUUUACUCUAAAUCC